AUGGAUUUCUCUCAGAUGCAGACGCCACCUCCAACAAGAGAUGCCACGUCAAGAAGGAAUAUGCAGCAGAGUGUGAGCAAUCAGAACACGACCCCGGCAACAGUCAUACGAAGGACACCCCUUCAGCAAGUACCAAGGUCCGAUGGCAUGUUCAACCAGACAACGUUUGGGUACGCAGAUGGUGUGCCAUUCUCACCUGGCAUGAUGCCCUUCGCCAAUGCUGGGCAAAUGUCGGCUCCGCCAAUGCCUCAGCAGAGGCUCUUCUGGGAUGGCAAUGAUGCCAGCCAGAUGGAUGUAGACAUGUCUGGAGCAUUAGAUCCGUUUGGACCUACAUCUAACAAGCUCCAAGGUAACCUCGGCUGGCAAACCUUCCACUCUCCUGUGGUCGAGCAGAUGCAAGCACAGUUCCAGCCACAGCAGAACAGGUUAUCAGCUGGGCCCAUAGCAUCGUUUGACACAAGUACAGCUGGCGAGGAACUUUGCUCGCAAACCGGCUCUUUCGUGUCUACGACUGCUGGUGUCGACCCAAGCAUGCUGUUCAGCUUUACCAGCCCUGACUGCACGACUGCGUCAUUCGGCAGCAUGCCGCAACGCGCCGCCUUUCAGCCUGAUAGACAACCGUACGAGUCACAGAUUCUGGAAUCAAGACGCGAAAAGGAAAAGGCAAAGAAACCGAGGAGUCUGCACUCUCGUAGCAAUACUAAUUCCUCGUCUGGCUCUGUCGAGGACAGCAGGCCCAGCCUACAGCGCAGCAACACCGACAGCGGCUUCCGCAGAGCUCGACCCGUCAUCUCGGAGCGAAGAUCUUCAGCAGAUACUAGUGCAGCCCAUCACAUCCCACGCCGCUCGUCGCCUCUAAAGCGUGCGAACAGCGGCGCACUGAAAGUCAUCCCUGAGGUCGGUCGAAGGCCUCGUACCCGACUGAUUAUCGACGAGACUGGCCGAGCUCGUACAGAGACUGUUCCAGCGGAGCAAGAAGAGGUCACUCCUAGAGACAUACGAAGGACCUCCCAGACUACCACGAGACACCAAUACCCGGCGUUGUGGGAGGAGGGGGACACCGAGUUCGACUCAGAUGAGCUACAGCCUACCCUGAGCCGUAACAACUCGUUCAGCAUCCCACAGCUGCAGCGCCGUGCCUCGAAGCAUGCCAGGGCUAAGAGCAAUGAGCUGUUAAGAAACAAUUCUUUCAAGACGGCUCGACCGGCAUCAAGGACGGCCUCGAGGACCUCUUCAGGUGCAUUUGAUACAGCAUCUUUUGGCUCUGUGAGGACAGGCAGGCCACAUAGCCAAAAUGCUUCUUGCAGGAUCAGCAUCACCAACGUUCCGACCGCAUCAUCGUUUAGCAAGGAGCCGAGUACCCAAAACAUGUUACCUGACUCUCCCGGCGAUGCCUUGAGCGCCAUGCAGAAGGUGGUCGGUAGCCGGCAGGAGAGGAUCCAACGAGCCUCAAAGAACACUCUGCACGCGCACAACCAACGCUGGGCCCAAGCCUCUGCGGACUUCAGUAACGCCUCUACACCUCACGGCCACGGCCGCUACGAUCCAUUCACCAACACCUUCAAUGGCUCGCCUAGCACCGAAGGUCUCACGACGCCGUCGACAGACCGCAGCAGUCUCUCGACCGACAGUACACGUUGUGUGUGCCACAGCACAGACGAGGGACAGCCAAUGGUCCAAUGUGAAAGCUGUGAGAAAUGGCUGCACAUGGGCUGCCUUGGCAUGAAACCAAGCACACUCCCUGCUGUAUAUGUCUGUGUCUUCUGCACAGGUCAAAUACCACUGGUCAGAGGUGGACGCGUCAGAGGCCCAGGCCCCUUCGACUCGCCACUCACCCACAAGUCACACUUCCGUCGCUAA